GAAUUUAAGGAUCGGGCAACGUUACUUACGGACAUGGCUGGCAUUAGUAUCUACUCCGGACGGCUUUUAGGAAAAAAUAUUAGGACAUUUUCGUUUUCUCGGUUGUCUAGGAUUACUCUUAAGAACAAGUCUCACUGGACACGAUACUGUGCAGCUGGCUCAAGGUCACUUUUUUUAAUUAAGUUAAAUAACACAUAUUCUCCCUCUGUUAUAUUGUCUUCUAGGAACUUUGAAAGUUGCUGUUACAUACACACAAGUCAAAAUUUACGAAAUGAAAUCAGAGAAAUCAAAGUUCCACAGCUGGCAGAAUCUCUAAGUGAAGGUGACAUAAGAUGGGAUAAAGCUGUUGGAGACCAAGUUGCUGAAGAUGAAGUGAUAUGUGAAGUGGAAACUGAUAAGACUUCAGUUCCUGUACAUGCUCCUGUUGCAGGAAUUAUUGAAGAAAUUCUUGUAGAAGAUGGAUCAACAGUUCAGCCAGGAAUGAGUAUUUGCAAGCUUAGAGUUGGAGCUGGACAAGUGGCAGCUACUUCUAAAGAAGCAGCAACACCAUCAGCACCUACAGAGAGUCCAGUUACACCACCUGUUGUAACACCUCCUGCCCCACAAGAUAGCACUCCUAUUCCUAUAACACCACCACCAGUACCACCAAAGCCUUCUGCACCAAUUUCAUCUAAACCAGUUUCAUCAAUUAAAAUACCUGUAACGCCAGUACCAUUGCCACCUGGGCAAGCAGAGUCCACUAUAACAGGAAGCAGAACAGAGCAGCGAGUAAAAAUGAAUAGAAUGAGACAGCGUAUUGCACAGAGAUUAAAAGAAGCACAAAAUACAUAUGCUAUGCUGACAACAUUUAAUGAAAUUGAUAUGUCAAACAUCAUUGAAAUGAGAAAUCUACACAAAGAUGCUUUUCUUAAGAAACAUAAUAUAAAAUUAGGCUUCAUGUCUGCUUUUGUGAAAGCUUCUGCAUAUGCAUUACAGGAUCAGCCAGUUGUUAAUGCUGUGAUAGAUGAAGGAGAAAUAGUUUAUAGGGAUUAUAUUGAUAUUAGUGUGGCAGUGGCAACACCAAAAGGCCUUGUUGUACCUGUCAUUCGUAAUCUUGAAAAAAUGAACUUUGCAGAUAUUGAGAAAGCUAUUCAUGCAUUAGGAGAAAAGGCACGCACGGGAUCACUAGCAAUAGAAGAUAUGGAUGGAGGUACAUUCACUAUUAGUAAUGGAGGAGUAUUUGGAUCACUUUAUGGAACUCCAAUUAUUAAUCCCCCACAGUCAGCAAUUCUUGGUAUGCAUGCUAUAGUAGAAAGGCCAGUGGCAAUUAAGGGAAAGGUUGAAAUCAGACCAAUGAUGUAUGUAGCUUUGACAUAUGACCAUCGUCUCAUUGAUGGACGUGAAGCUGUUCUUUUCCUUCGAAAAAUCAAAGCAGCUGUAGAAGAUCCAAGAGUUAUGCUGUUAGAUGUUUGAAUGGCGGACUAAGUUAAUUAUAGAAUUUAGGUAGACUUGAUGACAGGAUGGAGCUUUCCACUUUGCCCAAAUGCAGUAUUUUCUGAGAGCAUUCAUUCCAAGAUCUGAUAGCAUUAAAAGAUAUUAAUAUGCUAUGUUUCUUAAUGCCCUGAAUCCAAUAUAUUAAUUUCACCAAAAUAUUAAUUUAUCAUAUGUAAUUUAAUGAAAACAUGAACCAGAUAUUUUGCAUCAUUUGUUUAGAAGUGAAUAUUAUUUUGGUACUAUAAUCACAAGUAAAUUAUUCUAUUCUGCUUUAAUAGGUGAUAAAUUAAUAAAACAAUAUUUAUGACAAUUUUCAA